AUGUCUCAGAACUUGGUGGACGUUGUUUUUGCAACUUAUGUGUUAGCACCUUUACCAAAUUUCAUGUUCUCAAAAUGUUCCGGAAACGAUGAUUAUUAUUUAUCAAGCAAUUCCAAUAACGGAUUUAAAGACUUUGGCCAGUUUUUGACCGCUAUUUUUAUUGUCACCGGAGUUUGUCUUCCGGUCGUUCUUGCGCAUGCAUCAGUGAUAUCGAUCCCCGCCAUGUUUAUGAGUGUCGGAGGUGGUGCUCUAGUGUAUUCGACUAGUAAUCCUUAA